CAUUUGAAGCCAGCACCGCUGCAUAAAUACCACAUGUGACACUGCCGCCAUAGUUUUAUGACAUUGCGUUAGUACAAAUUCUCGUUGGUUUCGUAUGCGUGUUAGCAGGUGAUUGGCGCAGAAGGUUCGAGCGAAUGUAAGAAUGCAUAAUUUUAGGAAAUUUACAAUUGCAUCGCUGUUCAAAAGGCAGACGCAGUGGCGCAACCAUGCAUUCUUGUUGUUGCUGCGUCACAUGUGGUUAAAUUUGUGUUUAUUGUUGGUGGUUGAUUAAUGCGGCAACAAGGUAUGCAUAUAUUCAAGCAGUUGGUAGCACGAAAAUUUGACUCUGAACCCGAACAACUAGUGCUGAUUUUUGCCGGCAAAAUCAUGAAGGACAACGACACACUAAGGACGCACAACAUAAAGGAUGGCCUGACGGUGCAUCUGGUGAUCAAAGCUCCUACACGCGGAGCAGAGCCAGCUCCCCGACCAGCCGCUGAUGUACGUCAAACACCAUUCGGUCUUAACCAACUAGGCGGGUUGGCUGGUAUGGAGGCUCUGGGCGCUGGUAGCGGCUCUUUCAUGGACUUACAAGCACGCAUGCAAAGCGAAUUGUUAAGUAACGGCGAUAUGCUGCGCUCGGUGCUGGACAAUCCGCUCGUGCAGCAAAUGAUGAAUAAUCCGGAAAUUAUGCGUUCCCUCUUCACUUCGAAUCCCCAAAUGCAGGACCUAAUGCAGCGCAAUCCGGAAAUUUCGCAUAUGCUUAAUAAUCCCGAGUUGUUGCGGCAGACAAUGGAGCUGGCGCGCAACCCAUCCAUGCUUCAAGAGUUGAUGCGUUCGCACGAUCGCGCUAUGUCUAAUUUAGAAUCAGUACCAGGUGGUUACAAUGCAUUGCAGCGCAUCUAUCGCGAUAUACAAGAGCCAAUGCUGAAUGCAGCAAGCGAUUCAUUUACGCGCAAUCCCUUUUCCGGACUUAUGGACGCAUCUGGCGGUGCAAAUAAUCCUCAACAGGGCACCGAAAAUCGUCAACCGUUGCCAAAUCCAUGGGGCGGUACAGGUAAUGCUAGUGGCAGCGCUGGUGGUAACUCUGCGGAUGGCGCUAAUCCAGACUUGCCGCCACGUGGUAUGCUCAACACGCCCGCCAUGCAGAGUCUCAUGCAGCAGAUGGCCGAAAAUCCGUCUUUAAUGCAAAACCUUUUAAAUGCUCCAUACACGCGUUCCAUGAUGGACGCCAUGUCGCAGGAUCCCGAAAUGGCAUCACGUCUAUUGAGUACCAGUCCAUUAUUGGCCAAUAAUCCGCAACUGCAAGAUCAGGUGCGUCAAAUGAUGCCACAGUUCCUCAAUCAAAUGCAAAAUCCCGAAGUACAGAACAUGUUGACAAAUCCGGAAGCUCUAAAUGCAAUAAUGCAGAUACAGCAGGGCAUGGAACAGUUGCGUUCGGCAGCGCCGGGUCUAGUCGGUUCGUUGGGCAUACCACCACCACCAGCUGGUAACACUGAGAGCUCAACCGGUACGACAAACUCGACCACAAAUACCACUAGCGCCGGAGGUGACGCUAAUCGCCCGGCCACAGCACCUGGCGGUGGACCGAAUCCCCAGCUCUUCAAUGAUUUCGUUUCGCGUAUGUUGAACGGCAUGAGUAUGCAGACGGACAAUUCACAGCCACCAGAAGUGCGCUAUCAGUCACAGCUGGAACAAUUGGCCUCAAUGGGAUUCGGCAAUCGGGAAGCCAACUUGCAAGCGCUAAUUGCUACUUUUGGAGACAUCAAUGCUGCCGUGGAGCGGUUAUUGGCACUUAAUCAGUUAUCUUUAAGUUAACAUCCUUAAACAAAAUGCUAUUGUUUAUUUAAUAAAUACACGAAAUUUACAACAAAAUUCAAAAACAGCUGUUGCUGCUUCUACUUCUGCUGCUAAGUAGACGGCCUAGAGACAUAAUCCUUUUCGCUUUUCCCUCAAAAUUUAAACAAAUGUCCCAGCAAAUUUACGAAAGUGAAACAAAACUAAACAGCAUUGCUAAAAUUAUAACCUGUUUGCUUGGGACCGCGGGUAAAUUCCGUUAAAUUACAUACCUAAAUGUUUACCAAAAGUAUAAAACUAAAAUACUGAGGAUUCAUAAAACAGAAAUAAAGGGUACAGAGCGAAACAAUUAUUACCUAGCAUGAAUAAUUGGCACAAAGGGAGGAUUAAAAGUCAUUAAUUUGUAAAUUUACUGUUCUUUGCGAGGUAUUUAAUAGUCAAGUUCAUUGAAAACCUUAUGGAAUUCAUUUGAUUAAGCCAAUUCUUUGAAAGCAUUUAAGAACUUUAAUUGACUUGUAAAGAACAAUAAUAAAAACACAAAGUAUUUGCACAACGCCAAGAGUAAAGAAAGACUCGCAGGCUUGUUCUGCAAUUCGUAAGCUUUAAAAUCAGUGCGAAGUUUUGGAAAUUACUCUUGGUAUUGUUGAACAAAUUGUUUUGUCUAAUUUAUAUAAGCUUAAGUUUUUGAAAAUAACAACAACACAUGUUCAAUGAAUUGGACUAUUAAACACCUAAGCUAUAUAAUU